AUGGGCAGGAAUGCGGACAAGCAGUGUUAUGCUUGGGACCCAGACUCUGCGGCUUGGGUCAGCAAUUUUCGGUGGCUAAACAUCGUCGAGGUCAACACGAACUCCGCCAAUGAUGUGUUCCUCGACGCGCUCUUGGAGCUUCCUCAUCUGACGGAUCUCGCACUCUUAAUCUAUAGAAGUGGUGAUAUCACAUUGCAGGAUGUCGAUAGGUGUUUCCAUGCGCUGCGUAAGCUGAGAAUUAGUGUGAAGUGCGGUCAGGAGUAUCGCAUCCUCAAGGCAUACAAGUGGCCUAAACUCGAACAUGCGGAAGUGGUUGUCUCUCGCGACGUUCCCUCUGACCUGGACUGGAUGCUGAUGUUGCUUGAAGAUGUUGUCUCAAGUUUCCACGACUCGCCGUUACGCGAACUAAGGAUCGGCCAAGAUUACCCUUGGGAUUUCACUUGCGUGGCGCGUUACAUGUCUCCCCUCCGCUCCCUGCGUCAUCUGCGGACUCUUCAAAUAGAUAUCUCAUUGAAGUUCCUGGGUUUUCGGAUGCGCGAACUGGCUCUCAGCUGGCCAGAACUGGAAGAGUAUGCGGUGCGGGGAACACGCUCAUGCCAUGAAUCGAUGAAGAUCCCGCUCGUUCUGGUCUUGGCGUGCCCAUGCACGGCAGACAUCAAGUGGAUGGAUAAGCCGCAGGCUCGCAAAUUCAACCCGCAUGGGCUCUCGCUCGAAAAGAUCCGUUCGUAUACAAUCGAGCCCGCCGGAGCUGGAGGAGAUGCUGGAAGAACAGCUGUCUAUGACUGGCCCGUCGUGCUGCAGGACCCAAGUAUGGUUGGGGCUGCUCGAGAAGGUGGAUCGUGCUCUUCGGAAGAAAGUCUAUUGCAGUCUGGCGCAGAUGGAAAUCGAGGCAACUUGACAAUGACGCGUGAUAUCGUUGACGGGGGAAACGUUCGCCGUCUCACAUGUGACUUACCGUAUGUCCAGCAUGCUGUAGAGGCUCUGCGCAUGAUCCCUUCUUACCAGGACGGCAGAAGGGUCUGA